AUGCUGUCGCUGGAUCCAGCCAAUGUGACGCCUGUGAAAUCGAUGACGUCUGUACGACGUCAUCGACAUGGUGAAUACACAUCGAUUACUGAUUCGAUUUCAAUCCAAAGAGACGAUAGGAAUAGGAAACCGAGACGUUCGAUGUCCAAUGAGCAUCAGGAAUCUGGACAUCAAAGUGAGGAUGAACGGGAAUCUCACGAUGAAGCAGAGACGUCGGCGAGGCAGAGGCGAUCGAUCGACAGAAGAGAUGACGCUGGGUUGUGA